AUGGAUGCUCAAACUUGGCAGGCAUUUUUUAUAAAGCUGUCUAAAUUCUUGCUAGAAUACGAAAGAAACCAACAGACACAGACAGAUAUUGAUAGAGUUUCUUCUAACAAAGAUUCAGCGAAACACUAUCGAACAACUUUAACAGAAAUUUGUGAUUUAGUAUCUAAUACUCUUCCUGAGGUCGAGUUAAGAGAUGAUGAACUGUACAUAGUGAGGGAUAUGAUGUCUAACUUGGAAACAUUGAGGUUAAAGCUGAGUGAUAUUAUUAAAGAAGGCGUUGAUAGAGAAGAAUUGCUACUUAGAAAUUGUGGCGGUACUGUCAAGUCGUUGGAUUUUAAUCUUGACCAGAUGUGUUUUUUGAGGAGCAUUAGGCUAUCUUGGACAAAAAUCUCUACCAUUUUUGGGAUAUCAAGAAUGACAUUAUACCUAAAAAGAAGAGAUGCAGGAAUUGUCGAUGAUUUUAAGUAUUCGAAUAUUUCAGAUAGUGAUUUGGAGAAGAAGAUAAAAGAAAUUAAAAUGCACAUGCCUGAUAUUGGAGAGACAAUGAUCACAGGAGUGCUACGUUCCAAUGGUGUUUAUGUUCAGCGUCGGAGAAUAAGAAAAGCCAUCCAUUCCAUCGAUCCAAUUAAGACAGCGUUACGUUGGCAUGAGAAAGUGAGACGUCGAAUAUACAGUGUUCCUGGACCUAUGUCUUUAUGGCACAUAGAUGGGAACCAUAAGCUCAUUCGAUGGUGUAUAGUCAUACAUGGUGGAAUUGACGGAUAUUCCAGAUUGGUCGUCUUUCUAAAGGCAUCUACUAACAAUAGGUCAAGCACAGUUUUAGAGGAAUUUAAGGCAGCAGUGCAGUCUUUUGGCUUACCAUCCCGUGUUCGUUGUGAUAAAGGUGGGGAGAAUGUGGCUGUUGCAAAGUAUAUGCUGGAGAAACGUGGUGUAAAUAGAGGUAGUGUGAUCGUUGGAAAAUCUGUUCAUAAUCAGCGAAUAGAGAGACUAUGGAGAGAUGUGUUUUGUGCUGUUAUACAGCUUUAUUAUCGCUUGUUUUAUACAAUGGAAGAUGAAGGAAUACUUAAUAUUAACAAUGAAGUUCAUAUGUUUGCACUGCAUUUUGUAUAUGUCCCCAGAAUUAAUGAAGCAAUAAAAGCAUUUGUUUCUGGAUGGAAUCACCACUCUUUGAGCAGCUGUCAUCAAAAGACACCAUUUCAGCUUUAUACUGAAGGAAUGAUUACACUGAGCCACGAUGAUAUUCCUGCAUUAGACUAUACUGAGCCAGUAGAUUGCGACAUUUAUGGCACUGAAGAUGAUUUAGAUGCUGACUCAUUAGACUCAGAUGAUAACUCUGUUGAUGUCCCUGCAGUGAGCAUUAGUCAUGAUAUAGCCGCUUUGCAAGCAUUAAUUGAUCCCUUACAAGAGUCUUCCAAUUAUGGAGUUGAACUAUAUUUGCAAACAGUUGAAUAUUUUAAUACUACACACAUUUAGGUUUUAAUUAC